AUGCAAGCCACAACAAACACACCACAAAACAAAAUGGAAAGCAACAACAACAAUUUUAAUACUCAUUCUCAACCACCCAUGGUUCCCUCCACAAAUCAUCCUUCAACAAUAGCCUCAUCAUUUCCUCUAACUAGUACUCCGAACCAUCCUCACAACAACAUGAACAACAACAAGUAUUCAAAUUUACCACCAGAUCACAUUCUCAACAAACAACAUUCAAAAAUUAGUAUCAAACAAGUACAAAAACCAACUCAACCUUCUGCUCAUAACUCUGCUGUAAAUGUUCAUUCUACGAUUGCUAGUACGAGCAGUGGUAGUGGUGGUGGUGGUGGUGCACUAGUGACGAAUAAUGAAGAAGAGUCGUUUCAUCACAAAUUAACCACUACUAGCAACACCACUCACUCCACGACAUUUUCCACAUCCACAAGUCCGACCACUCUUAUAGCGCCAACAAUCAUGAUGAACCAUACCAUGGUGACACCCAUAACAACAACAACAAGUUCUCAAGUACUUGAUGAAACGAAUAAUUAUGGUCUUCAAACAUUGUCCAAGAAUCGAGUCGUGGCAGAUCUUACAAACAUUCAACCGUCUUCUUCUUCCAAUAUGAAUAUGAAUAAUAAUAAUAAUAUUAAUAAUACUACUAGUAACACUACUACUACUACUAAUAAUAAUAAUAAUAAUACUCUGAUGAAUCAAUCAUCAUCCAACAUCAUGUUGAAUGAUACCAAUAAUCAUUGUAUCACUCAAAUUCCAUCCUCUGCCUCUACAAACAUUCCAAAGAAUACUUUGAAAUUUCUUGUAGAUGCUCAUUCCAUGAAAUUAUUAUCUGAAUGUUGCAAUACCAUGCCCAACAAUCAAAAUUCUUAUUUUCACAUUCGAAUUGGAAAUUCCAAACAAUUAGAAAUGGAAAUUACAAGACAUGCCAAUCGAAUCAAAUACUUUUCAAAUUCAUGUGUUUAUGACAACGAGUCACAAACAAAGAAUUGGAGUCACUGUUUUAGAAUUGAAAGUGAAUACAUUGAUGAUAAACCAUUACUCUACAUUCCUAUUACUGGUUCCAUUCAAUUAAAUGUUGAAAUACCAAAUAUGGAUAUUCAUUUGCAUGACGAUCAUUCAGUGAAAUAUGAUUUGAGAUGGUGCAUUGAUUGUGCAAGUCAUAAUGCUGGGUGUAUUUUGUUACCCAUUAGAUAUGGAUAUAAUUGUGUAUUGUUAUUGAAAAUGAUGAGAUUGGAAUAUGUUGAAUUUAUUGCUGUGAAAUCAGUCGAUUUGUAUUAUUUCAAAAGUUUAGUAUCAUCCAAUUCAAGUAUUCAGCAUGUGAUGAGCAAUAAUAAUAAUAAUACUGCUGCUCAUACUACUUCAAUGAAUCAAGUCAUGAACAGUGCAAACAAUGUGAUGAACAGUGUGAUACAUAGCCUUGCAAAUAUUCAUCACAUGCAAACCGCUUCUCAGAGUAAGCAGUUGUUGCAACAAACACACCACAGCAAUACGACUAGUAGUACAACUGCAACUCCUUCCUCAAGCUUCACGACUGAAGAUAAGAUGGAUACUUCGCAUGACUUGGAUUUUUCUAAAUUGCAAACGGAUGAAUCACUGAGCCAAUAG